AUGGCGCGCACUCUCGACGAUCGGAUGGCCAGGGAACGGGAACUACAUGCGCGCGACACGCCCCUUUGCACCUUCCGCAUGCUCUGGAUGCUUUUGGUUCCUGGCAAGACGGUGUAUGUUAGGACAGGAGCCCAGGUAUCCGCAUUUGUGCUCCGGUCAGUUGAUAUCAAUGGUGCUGGCUGUCUUUCUGGGCAAUCGCAUCAGCUGGGCCCGUACGAGUUCAACCUCUGGUAUCUUGACUAUGACUUGAACUCCCGGUCUAUGGCAUCGCGCAGAACAUUGGCUAGGAUCUCACCUUUCAUGGCUGAAAGAGAAAUACUUUCUCUGGACGUUGUCCCUUGCGAUAUUUGGGACAGGAUGGAUGGGGGCAAGCUCCGAGCCAAACUGGAGGCAUUGGGGAAGAAAUGGUUUGGCAUGUUUCAUGGCCAGUACGGGCUCUACGAAGGGCAACUCCAUGAUGAGCGCGGCGUUGCGAAAUUCCGUGGGAAAGUGUUCGUUGAUCCCGUCUCAUACUUUGAGUUUCAGAGCAACGGAGAGGACAGUCCUGAAUUCGCGCCCUCGCCUUCAUGGACAAGUGUCGAGAGUGACGGGAGUGGGUCGGUUUCCCGGAUCACUAGACGGCUGCGGGCACGUGGGGGUCCUCGUCAGCAGAAACGGGAGAGAACCGGCGCCCAGCGAUUGCACAAGGCUGGCAAUAUUCCACUGCCCGAAACAAAGGGAAUGGACAAGAGCUGCGAUCAAGAAACGUUGAAGCUUCGAUACUUGCUUGUAAGCAAACGUAUCAAGGCCUUCGUCUUCAAAACCCGCGAAUGGCACACAAUAGACGUUGAGUUUUUUGAGAAGCUCCAGGCGAACCGGACGCCAUUCGACCGCCUCGUAAUCCCCGAGGCCCGCAAGAACAUGAUCCGGUCACUCGUGUACAAGUACACGGAUCGAAAAACCAGACCCUGGAGCGCCGACCACAUUCAAAACAAGGGCGACGGCCAGAUCUUCCUGCUGCACGGUAGCCCCGGGGUCGGCAAGACUUUCACGGCCGAGUGCAUCGCCGAGGUGACCGGCCAGCCGCUCCUCGCCCUCACCUGCGCCGACAUCGGCACCAACGAGGUCGAAAUGGAGUCCAAGCUCGGCAAGUGGCUUACGCUAGGCCACAGGUGGGGGGCCGUCGUGCUGAUCGACGAGGCCGACGUCCUGAUGGAGAAGCGGCAGCACGCUGACCUCAAGAGAAACAGCCUUGUUUCUGUGUUCCUGCGAGAAAUCGAGUACUACCGAGGCAUCUUGUUUUUAACGACCAACAGAGUCGGCCAGUUCGACGACGCCUUCAUCUCCAGGAUUCACGUCGUGAUCCACUACGACAACUUGAACAAAGACGAUCGUGACAGGAUUUGGAACCAAUUUUUUGACAAGCUGGAGGACGAAAAGGGACAGGAGAUCAAGAUUCUACGGUCCGCAAGGCGCUACGUGCUCGAGAACCCUGAUAUUACAAGCGUUCCAUGGAACGGGCGUGAGAUCCGGAAUGCAUUCCAAACUGCCGUCGCCCUGGCCGAGUACCGGUUCCUAACAAUCCCGGCCCCGGAGAAGGCAGAGGGCGAUAUGGCGGAGCUGCGAGUCGAAGACCUCAAGCAGGUCUGCGAGAUGACCAAGGCGUUCAAGAAGUAUUUGGCCGAGGUCCACGACGACUACGACGAGUUUGAGCGAGCGGCGCUAGGCAAGCUACGGAGGGGCAGCAUCGGCGACUGCCAAGAGUGAACAGCCGCGGCUCUCGCUCGGGUUUCCCCCCCCCC